AAAUGGGCAAAAGUAAAUAUUUCUCUAUUGCAGUUUUACAUUUACUUCCUCAAUCAGCAGACAAGCAGAAAAAAGCAUGGUAAAACCCCUAUAUUUCGCCUAUCCAAAGGAAGGGAGGAAACCUUCAAGGAGCAGGAGAAGAAACUGACCCAAUUUUUUUUUUUCUGCAAGGGUAGAAAUAUGACACCAGCUCGUCUUCUGCCAGCUCCGAGCCUGGGCUCUUUUCUCAAACGACUCGGUCUUUGCUUUGCACAUUACCAUCAAACAUCAAGAGCUUGAACGAAACGCAUCUGGCCUUUUUUAAACACGUGGAUUUCGCGCAGCAACAGUUUUCCAAACCCCCCACAAAAACAACAAACCGGCUAGUUUUGUGUGUGUUUUUUUUACACAAAGAAAUCCAAACAGACGCUUGGGAAGUCGUUUCUUUUGGUGUUUUUUCCUGGACGUCGUCUUGCAUUUUGGGAAUAGCGCGUUUUGCUCUUCUCUCAAGCCCGGAGUUACUCUUUUCAGACCGAUGUGAGCAAGGACUGCGUCAACAUCCGCAAAACUGCUCUUCUUUGUGUGCAUCCUUCCCUCAGGAUCUCAGUAGGGGAUGAUGUGAAUGGCCGUCGGCUUUCUCGAGGAUUGAUGUGUUUGUGUUAAGAAACGAUGGCUCGUUCAGUAGUAAAAAUGUGUUUCGGCGUACUUUUCUUUGGACUUUUGUUGUUGGCGCUUCCAUCCGCGAGAGCGCAAGAAGAUGUGGAGGAGGAGAGAUCAUGUCAGGGCGCCUUUGACUUGUAUUUCGUCCUUGACAAGUCAGGGAGCGUCAAACACCACUGGCUCGAAAUCUACACUUUUGUCGAACACUUGGCCGAGAAGUUCACCAGCCCAAUGCUGCGGAUGUCCUUCAUCGUGUUCUCAACCAGAGGAAACACAAUCAUGAGACUCACGGAAAACAGGGAGACCAUAAGAAAAGGCCUUAAUGCUCUCAGACGAGAGAUCCCAGGCGGUGAUACAUUCAUGCAUCUUGGUCUAGAAAAGGCAAACGAGCAAAUACACCAGGAAAACUUUGGAACCGCGAGUGUCAUAAUUGCUCUGACGGACGGCGAGCUUCAAGAACAUCAGCUGAUAGCAGCUCAGCAGGAGGCAGCACGAGCUCGGACGUUGGGUGCCAUCGUGUAUUGCGUCGGCGUUAAGGACUUCAAUGAGACGCAGCUGGCUACCAUCGCAGACACCAGUAAGCAUGUGUUUCCGGUCUUGGGAGGAUUCCAGGCGCUGAGAGGAAUGAUCGACUCGAUCAUCAAAAAAUCCUGCAUUGAGAUUUUGGCAGCGGAGCCGUCCAGCGUAUGUGCAGGAGAGUCGUUUCAGGUGGUGGUGAGAGGAAACGGGUUUCGACACGCCAGGAACAUCGACCAGGUCCUGUGCAGCUUCAAAAUCAACGACACGGUCACGCUCAACGAGAAGCCUGCGAGCGUUGAAGACACGUUCCUGCUGUGUCCUGCUCCCGUUAUAGAUGAAGUUGGAAAGGUGGUGUACCUGCAAGUCAGCAUGAACGAGGGUUUGUCGUUCAUCACCAGCUCCGUUCACAUCACUACAACCGAGUGUUUUGACGGCACUAUCCUCCUGAUCACCCUGCUGGUGCUGUUUCUUCUGCUGGCUCUGCUGUUUAUGUGGUGGUUCUGGCCGCUUUGCUGCACUGUAGUGAUCAAGGAACCUCCGCCUCCUCCUCCACCGGAACCGGAGUCAGAUGAUGAAGACGGGAUGCCGAAGAAGAAAUGGCCCACGGUGGACGCCUCGUAUUACGGCGGUCGAGGAGUCGGAGGAAUUAAACGAAUGGAGGUUCGCUGGGGAGGGAAGGGCUCUACCGAGGAGGGGGCCAAGCUGGAAAAACCCAAAAACGCUGUCAUAAAGAUGCCCGAGCAGGAGUUUGAACCCUUUGAACCCAAGCCCAAAAAACCAAACAGAAAGCCAGCUCAAGACAGGAAGUGGUACUCUCCCAUUAGGGGUAAACUCGACGCGAUCCUGGCUCUUUUCCGACGUGGAUAUGAUCAAGUUUCACUUAUGAGGCCGCAGCCGGGAGAUCAUGGUCGGUGCAUCAACUUCCAGCGAGUUAAAGAAGAGGCGGCGGCGGCCAAAGCAGCUCCUCGCGCUCAGAGCCCAGCUCCACCUCCUCCAGACUAUCAGCCCGAGCCCAGCCCCGUCAGCUCACCUCCGAACCGAGGCCCUCCGCUGCCCCAGCCUCCGCCCGGACCCCCGCCCGCCCGGGCCCCGCCCUGUCCCCCUCCGGCCCGGGCCCCGCCGAGACCCUGAGACAAACACCCAGCCCUCAGAGCAUCCUACGGCCAAAACAAGCCAGGCUAGCAGAAGCGCACCUCCGCAGUGCACUUAAAGUGCUGCUUCCACACACUAGCUUUGUACUUAAUACACUAAAAAUGAUUCUUUAGCACCGCUUAAGAUCAACUAAGAGCACUCAACUGUGCUAUUCCGGGACACCGUGAACAUGAAGUAAACAAUCGUCGAUUAGCAGACGGCAAUAGAAGCUUUCCGAAUGAAAAUGUAAGUGCUAAGACAAGUCUGUGAACUAAAUGCUAACAGACUUAAUAUAUGGGUAAUGUAUGUGAGUCUAUUUUUUCACACACAAAGAAAACAAGUGCAUAGAGUAGAAAAAGAACAUUUGUUUGUUGUCGUCAAGUGCUUUUUUUAAUACAAGAACAAAUAGAAUAGAUCGAGUAAGAGGGUCAAAUAAAGAUGGAAGCGGUGUGUUUUUAGCAGUUUCGAGUUUCUCAGGAGCUUAUCUUUCUUGAAGCGUCUCGGAGACGCAGUUCUUCUGGAUCGAGUCUGUCUCGGUGUGUUUCUUCACGUCCUUCCAGAGAGACUGAUGACGAUCAGAUCUCAGACAUCUCACUGGAUUCUUCCAAUUAAUGGCUAAACGAAUGUUUGAAAAGUAAACUGAUAUACAGUUAGCGUAUUCAGUUACCGCUUCCAUCUUUCAUACACUAGUACAACAACAUAGUACGUUAAAAGCCCAUUUCAGCUCAUAUUCACGGUGUCUGGUAAUAGCACAGUUGAGGACGCGUUUAGUCGAGUACUAAGAAGCACUAAAGAAUCAUUUUCAGUGUAUGAAGUACAAAAUUAUUGCGCAGAAAUAGAGCACUUAAAAUACAUUAUGGAAGUGCGUUUCUUUAACCAGGGAAACCAAAAAAAUCCAUGUGCUAUUUAUCACUCAGCUUCGAUUAGGAUGUGCUGUGUCGUUUGUUGCUGGACAGCAAAAAAUGUAAGAAAAGCAAAAAAGAAAUAACUGUCGUGACAAAAAUUCAACUACUGAGUUUUCCGUAGGCAGAAUAAGAGAGACCGCUUUCAGCUUCGUGCUCUUUUUCAUCAGGCUUUUAAAGCACAUAUGAAUCCUACGAGCUUCUGAUAUCAUGCCAAAACGUCCAAAGUAACCAGUAUUAGAUGCUAUGUUAUAUACUGUCCGUGCCUCUCGAGUAUUUUGGGUUUUUUUUUUUUUUACACAGUGUUGAGUUGCAGGUUUUCUCAGGUGAGUCUCUGAUCCUGUAGGAAGGGAAUAUGAGGAACGCGAGUGACGAACGCGAAAAGACGGGGUUUCUUUUCGACUGUGGAUUGAGGAUGAGCGUGCCGCAGGUUCCUCGGUUUAGGUUUAGGUUUAGGGUUGCUCUUAAAUCACGCGGUUGCUGGAAUUCCGACAGAUUCUGGAAGGUGCAAAAGUGGGAUUUAAGAACGGUUUCCAUUUUAUCACGGAUCUUUAUCUGCACUGAAAUAUACGGUAACCUAAAAUGUAAAUGUAGUGUUUUUUUGUUUAAAUCAGCGCGUAUAGCGUCAACGAAUCAACCUAAAUAUAUGCGUUUUUUUACCAGCGAAAGCCAUUUUAUAGGGUUAAAACUGCUUUUUAAGGUAACGACUUCCAGUUACCGGUUUACAGUGUGGGUAAAUGUCACGAAAAUAAGGCCGGGUCACGUUUCACACCGAGAUGAAAAGAAAAACCUUUUUAAUGACAUUAUUUUGACAUUAUAGCCCCAAAUUCUCAUUACCGUAUUGCAUCCAAAAAAAUAACACCAUGAUUGUCAAUAGUGUUUUUUAUUACAUUAUCGGUAUCAUAAUACAACACUUUUAGUGAAUGUAUAAACCAAUUUGCAUAUUGCAAAAUUCAGAGAUUCUGAGUGUUUUUUUUCCUCAGAAUUCAGAUUUCGUUUUGUUUUCCGUAUUUGCAAUCUUACUAUUCUCACUCUUUAUUUUUGUCUGAAUUCUGGCUUUAUGCUGACUAGGGAGAUGAGUUCAGAACGGUGAGAUAAACACUUGCAGGGUUUUUUUUUUUUAUAUAUAUCUUGUGGAAGAAACACAAUGCAAUAUUUAUAGCUGCAGAUAUUAAAGGAAGCACGACAAAUAUUACUAUGACGUGUAAGUACAAAAUAGAAUUCGUUUGAAAUUAUCCAUACAACAUUAUAAUGAGUGUGUGUGUGUGUGUGUGUGUGCGUUACGGUAAUGAGAAUAAGGGCCGCUUCCUAAAUGCUAAAUGUCUGAAAGAUAGACUGAGUAUUUUUGUCCUCUGAUGAAGGCGGGUUCUUGAUGGGUUCAUGAGAUCAGGUUUGUUUAUUGUGAAGGUUGAAGGUCAGGUCAGUUCUCGUCACGUUUUCUGUAUUCCGCAGCUGUACUGUACGUAUGUUGAUAUUCAUCUUGUUUCCUUUGCGUUUCAUCAUCAAACAUAUUGCAACUGCAGGGCAGUUCACAGCAUUUAAUUUAUUAUCCCCACGCCUGAAGGAAGGUACUUGAAAACGACAAGGUGUCCUCUGAUACGAACAGGACUCCACAGAACCAGAAAAAAAAUCAAAAAAAUCACUUAGACUCAGAUAACAGCCAGUGCCUUCUGUGUGUCUUGUUUUUUUUAUUUUAUCAGAUUCUUUUGUUUAUAUGUCAUUCAAGUAUGAUACGGUAGCACUGUUUAUGCUUUCGUUGCAUUAAAGAAAGAUUGGUGCAUGAGUUCUGUGUCCCGUCCUCCCCGUCCUGUCAUGAAAGUCAAACAGUGCUCCGCUGUGAACGAGCAAACACCUCCAUCUCAUCUCAGUUAGUAAAAUGAGGUAUAAUGUGGUCCAAACCGAAGCCAUUGAUGACGACAGCUGCAGUGCGAUGCUAUAGGUUUGUGCUUUUGUUUGGAUUUGUGUUGUUUUAUUUGCUUGUGGCGAUCGUUUGAACCCUCGUGAUCUGUACUCCUCCACAAAAAAAGUUGAUACCAGAAUUAUGAAUCACAAUUGUAUUGUGUUAUGAUGUAGCGAGUGUAUUAACAACGAUACUGAUGCAUCUAUUGAAAGGCUCAUAAAGUUUAAUUUUUCACAGUAUUAAUAAAGGGCGACUUUCCAGCUUUUA